AUGGCGUUACCCCUGCAGGAAACAGAUGUGACCUGCGAAAACGUAGAGAACCAAGUCUCCGUUUCGCCGAAGUCCCUAGAGAUUAAAAAUCGGAGCCCAUCACCUGAAUAUGACCCCAAGGCUGGCGAAAACAGACUUCGCCCGGCAGGAGACAUUAUCAACCGUAUAACCUGGGACUCGGACUUUGAGCGCAACAACUAUAUCAUCGGGUUCGUGGAUCGAUUUGAAGGUCAACUGGAGGUCGGCAUGGAUAGUUGGAAGAAAGAAACCACUCAUGAGGAAUUCAUCCCGCAACAUCGAGUGCUUUAUAUUCGACACAUAAAUGGCGAAAUCGUGUGGGACCGGAGGAGACGGAUUGACAAGAUCUUCAGCAGCGGAAACUCGGCGUUCAGCGAACUUGCCUUUCUUGCGUGA